AUGGACCCUGGCGUUGAAAGCCGUUUUGAUGCUAAUCAAGAUGCUCAGGCUAUACAUGAGGCUAUGGGACAAUUAAGUUUAUCUAAAGAUCGUAUUAUUGAAAUGAUUGCUCACAUUCCAUUGGAAACACGUGUGAAAUUGCCAAAAUAUUUCGAAAGAAUGGGCGAGGAUAUAAUUCAAAAACUGAAAAGUGUAUUCAGGGAAGACCUUGAAUUGGCCAUUUUGUGGUCUUUCUAUGAUCGAGCUCACUUGAAUGCAGCAGCUCUUCAAAAAGCCAUGAAUGCCACUGAAACUGACAACGAUCUGCUCAUUCAUGUUAUAUGCACUGCCGACGAAUAUGAAAUAAGGCCAAUGAAGGGAGCUUUUCAAGAGAUCACAGGAAAAUGUCUUUUGAAGGCCAUUGAUAAGGAGUGUAGAGGUGACUUCAAACGUGUUCUGGUGGCGAUAAUCGAGGGCUAUCGGGUAAAGGAAUACGAUGAGGUCCAAGCAAGAAUUGAUGCCAAAGAACUGUUCGCUGCAAGUGGAGACAAACUUGAGACCACGUUUAUUCGCAUUUUAUGCGGUAGCAGCAUGAAACAAACUCGAUUAAUUGACAAAUACUACCAAGUGUUAUCUGGGCAUGAUCUAAUCACCGUCAUCGAGAAGGCGUUAUCUGGUGAUGUUGGAAAGUCGUUGAAGCUCAUUGUAAACUUUGCUAAAAACAGGAUUGCAACUCUUUCGGAAAUGCUCUAUGAGAGCCUUCAAGGAGGUGUAACUCGGAGUGCUAGCGUAAUACGCAUCGUGCUUGCACUUGCAGAGGGUGAAUUGGGGUUAAUCAAAGUUUACUUUGAUUUAAAUUUUGAACAAUCGCUUGCAGAAACGAUUGGUGCACAAACCUCUGGAGAUUACAAGAAGUUCCUCCUAGCUCUCUUCCCAUGA